GGCUAAACUGGAAAACAAAAUCUCGACUGCUACAAAACCAUUGAAAUAUGUACAUUUUACAAUGAUAUGUGUCUGAGACAUGGCACAGGCACUUCCCAGCGGAAGAAGAAGCCCGGCGAAGGAACAGAAAAUCUGGAAAGCCUAAUGAAAGGGGACAGCCCGGUUUUACAGAGUCUGGCAGAAGGAUAGCGCUGCCCCGAGAUUAGGGGAUUGAGCAAAAAGCUGGCGUGCAGAAUUGCGGGUUUUUAUGUAAUGGCUUUAGUAAAUAUCCUUUAGGACCCAGUGGAAAUGUUUGGUGAGGCAAACUUCAUGAGUAAUGGCCAAUCGUUAAGCGGUGAUGAGGGAAGAGCUUUGAGUGAGAAACCCCUGAAAGCCUCUCGGAAACACCGCGUGGGGAAAGCAGCGUUCCUACCACCCAUCGCCGGCGAACAUGCGACGCCGGAAUUAGAGUGGAUUCGAUGUUUAAACCCGGGGGGACUUGCACUGCAGGAGGUUACUGGAGCGCAGAGUGCCCGGCUCCUGUUGCCAGCAAGAUGCCUUAUUUUGCAAAACUCCUUUUAUUAAUCUUCUGCUUAGUUCUUCUUGUGGAAAGCAGAAGGCACAGGAGGAGGAGGUGGACAAGCCAGCUGGAGGUGCAGAGGGCAAGUCACAUCUAUAAGAAGAAUCAUGACGUGACCAAAACUUGGAGAGGAAAGACGGAGCAGCUUCUCAGGGUUGAUGACCAUGACUUCACCAUGCGGCCGGCUUUUGGAGGCCCUGCAAUUCCUGUUGGGGUGGAUGUGCAAGUUGAAAGCUUGGACAGUAUUUCUGAGGUUGACAUGGAUUUCACUAUGACUCUGUACUUAAGGCACUACUGGAGGGAUGAGCGUCUCUCGUUUCCCAGCACCACCAACAAGAGCAUGACCUUUGAUGGCAGGCUGGUGAAGAAGAUCUGGGUCCCCGACGUCUUCUUUGUGCACUCCAAAAGGUCCUUCACUCACGACACCACCACGGACAACAUCAUGCUGCGAGUGUUCCCCGAUGGUCAUGUCCUCUACAGCAUGAGAAUCACAGUGACAGCAAUGUGUAACAUGGACUUCAGCCGCUUCCCCCUGGACUCUCAGACGUGUUCUCUGGAGCUGGAAAGCUAUGCUUACACUGAUGAAGAUCUGAUGCUGUAUUGGAAAAAUGGGAAUGAAUCUCUGAAAACUGAUGAAAAGAUUUCUUUGUCUCAGUUUUUGAUCCAAAAAUUCCACACUACAUCAAGACUGGCUUUCUACAGUAGCACGGGUUGGUACAAUCGCCUCUACAUAAACUUCACUUUACGCCGACACAUCUUCUUCUUCUUGCUCCAAACCUACUUCCCUGCCACCCUCAUGGUCAUGUUGUCCUGGGUGUCCUUCUGGAUCGAUCGCCGAGCAGUUCCUGCCAGAGUCUCUUUGGGGAUAACCACUGUGCUGACCAUGUCCACGAUCAUCACUGGGGUGAACGCCUCCAUGCCUCGUGUUUCCUACAUCAAAGCAGUGGACAUUUACCUGUGGGUCAGUUUUGUGUUUGUCUUCCUCUCGGUGCUGGAAUACGCAGCAGUGAAUUACCUGACUACGGUGCAAGAGCGGAAGGAGAGGAAACUGCGGGAGAGGUUUCCAUGCACGUGUGGAAUAUCUCAUUCGAAAACUAUGAUGCUGGAUGGAAACUACAGUGAAUCUGAUGCCAACAGCCUGGCAGGAUAUACAAGAAACCAGGUGGUCCCAGAGGAGGAAAAACAAGAAAAGAUGGUUGUGCACUUAGCUAUGAGCAAUGAAUCUAAUUCAUCAAGGAAGAGAGGCCUGAAGGGCCAUGUGGGCUUGCGCAUCAUCCAGAACACUCAUGCAAUUGAUAAAUACUCAAGAUUAAUAUUUCCAGGCACCUAUAUAUUUUUUAAUUUGAUAUAUUGGUCUGUCUUUAGCUAA